CUAGUUGGUUUGGAUGCUGCUGGUAAGACAACUAUUCUUUAUAAACUGAAACUAGGAGAAAUUGUCACCACAAUUCCCACUAUUGGCUUUAAUGUGGAAACAGUAGAAUAUAAAAACAUUUGUUUCACAGUUUGGGAUGUUGGUGGUCAAGAUAAAAUUAGACCUCUUUGGAGGCAUUAUUUCCAAAACACACAGGGUCUCAUUUUCGUGGUAGACAGCAAUGACAGAGAAAGAAUCCAGGAAGCAGCAGAAGAGCUGCAGAAAAUGCUUCAGGAGGAUGAGCUGCGAGAUGCAGUGCUGCUUCUGUUUGCAAACAAACAAGAUCUGCCAAAUGCCAUGGCAAUCAGUGAAAUGACAGAUAAACUAGGUCUUCAGUCUCUGCGUAACAGAACUUGGUAUGUCCAGGCUACCUGUGCUACGCAAGGAACUGGUCUGUAUGAGGGACUUGACUGGCUGUCAAAUGAACUAUCAAAACGCUAACUCAAACUGGAUGACUCUUUCACCAGGGACAUGUUUGAUAUAAGUGGUCUAGGCUUGUUACAACAAAAUUAGUUUGCAUCUUGGUUAUUACAGUAUCUGGAACUGAUAUUUGGGCAGGAUAUUACAGCGUUUCAACUUACUUUGUUGCCAAUUACUGUUUACCGAGCUACAUGUUGCAAAGGUAGCAAUAUGCUUGGGUAAAGAUUUCCUUAACUUGGAAAAAGUGUAUCUUCUGAUUUUACUCCCCUUGUUAGCCUAAAUGCCUGAAUAUAGUUAUUGUGACAUCUUUAAGAUCUGUUUUGAAUACUCUUUUGAGCCCAAAUAAAUUAAUGUGUUUUUUUAAUUUUUUUUCCUCCCUGCUACUUUUAGUUUACUGAUGCCCUGUUUCAUUCCUCAGACAGUCUGCUGAUUUAAAAAUGUAGCAUUCCGUAUGUAUUUAUUUCUCUCCCUUGCCAAAAAGAAUUCCUAAUACUGCUUGUUCCAGCCAAGGAAAUGCUCUAAAACACUAUACAAAUCUACUGCACUGAGGAACAUUUUAUUAAUCCUUGGGUUCUGUCAGCCCAACUUGCCUUUGUGUGAAUUGGAUUUGAUGGGUAGAAUAGUUCUGUGCUGGUUGCGAAGAGCUCAUGUUGAGGUUGUUUUUAAUAUUCAGCAGAUUGUCUUCCUUUAUAUUGUAUCUUUUUGGGUUUUUAUGUUGCAUGUUGCUUUUUGGUAUCAGCCUGACUAUUUUUGCCCAGUGUAUAAUAGUUCUGCUGAAGUUUUACUGUUUGUUGGUGAACAUAUCUUCAUAAAGAAAUUUUGGAAAAUUCAUCAAACUCAAUGGAUUAGUUUCUUCAUAACCCACUUGGAAUUAUUCCUAAUAAAAUGAUAAAAUGUAUAGUUCUGUGUAUGCUCUUCUUGAUUCCUGAAAUAGUUGAACUGCAAGUUACCAUUUACUGUUUUUUCCAUAUACUGAGCUUUCCUGCAACUUGAAUGUGAACAUCAGUCUUGCUUUUCAAUUUGUUUGAAGCUAUGUAGAGCGGGACAUGGAAGGUGGGCAACAAAGUUGAUUACAGUGCAGUAGAGUAGCUGUCAUCAAGACUUAUAUAAUUCUGUGUCUUUUGAAGUUGUAAAUCUAAAAUUCCUUUUAAGAUGUCCAGAUAUGAAAAUACUAAGAGUUACAAAAAUUGUAAUAAAACAAAUACUAACUGCCUGAAAAGCA